CAUUACAGUAAAGCUCAAGCUCAUACACCUCUGUUUUUCUGCCAUUUUUUCCGGCAUUCAAGCAUUCUGUUUCUCUUCUUUUUCUUCUUCCUCCUCCUCGUACAUUAUCCCAUUCCGUGCAGAAAAACAUCAGUUUUUGCCACUUGGGUGUCACAAAAAACAGAGAAACAGAGUAUUAAACAACAGAGCUUUUGUGGGAAAUGAACGGAUAACAUGAACAUGUUGGGUUUGUCUUUCCUCUGUUUCUUAAAUGUUUUAGUCAUGGUCGGAAGCUUUCCAACAGAUGAGAAUCUGUUAAUUCAUCCCGCAAUUUCCCUAACCCUUAUGGCGGCUGGAAUGGUAACAGCCAUCGCCAUGAUCACGGCGUUAUGCGGCGUCCGAUCCCGACGAAGCCCGUCGCCUUCCGAAGCUUCAUCUAAAACCGCCGACAAGAAACAGGACAUAAACGGUUCCCGAACGACAACCUCAUCAACAGCGGGGGCAACCCCAGCAGCUGGAGAUUCAGGAGACGACGGCGGCGAAACAGAGGAGUUUAUGAAAGAGCUUCCCCUGCCACCAAAAAUGCAGCAGGUGGCGAGUCCGAGCCCGCCGAGCCAAAUUGCAAAAUCGGCAUCGGAGAGAAGGCUGAAGCAUAUGACGGGCAUGAACAUGGAAGUUCCGAGGAGCCAUUCGGUGGCGAGGAAGGAUUUGGAGGAAGGAGGAGAGAGGAGAAAAGAGAAGAUGAAAGAGGAAGAAUUGAUUUGGAAGAAGACGAUAAUAUUAGGGGAGAAAUGCAGAGUUUCAGAUGAAGAAGAUGGGGUUAUUUAUGAAGGAAAAGGGAAGAGGAUUUCGGCUUAUCAUCCGAGAUCUCCGAGCUCGAUGUCGAUAUCGAUUUCUCGACAAAGUUCCGCCAUUGAUGCUGAAGCUCUGCCUGACCUAGGAGCAAAAUAGAGGCACAAAAAGGAAGAAGCCAUUGAUGGGAGUGGAAAGGCAAGACAUUGCUGUAAAUAUGACAGAUGUGACGUGUGAAGAACCAUGGAACCGACUUUAGAGUAGUUGUAUUUCAUCUUAUUUAUUAGUUUUAGGUUAGA